GUUCCUGGUCCCCGAUCAGCUCGUAUUGAGUCACACCCGCAACUAUACAUCUUUCACUUCUUCCUCUUCUUCAUUAAUCUCUUCUCCUUUUGUUAAAUCUUCCUCGAGUCAACACUUUCUUCUCCUGCCUCGUAAUCAUCACAAUGUCGACCGCAGCCGACUCUGCCUCUACAGCCCGUCCCAAGACCAAACAACAGUCCAACAACAUGACCAACCCAGAAAACCCCCCCUACCGCCAAAUCCGCGCCCUCUACACUCCCCAAACAAUAACAAUCUACCAAGCCUACCCUCCUUCCAUCGCCCUCCCCGCUCUAGCCACCCAAUCCCUCUCCAGAGUCCCCACCUUCAAGCGAACCCGCAUGACCUGGAUAAAACCCUCCUUCCUCUGGAUGGCCUACCGCUCGGGCUACGCGACGAAACAAAACCAGGAACACGUCCUCGCGAUCGAGAUUUCUCGACCGGGGUUCGAGUGGGCCUUGGGCCAUGCGGUUCUCUCGCAUAUCCCCGGCUCCGCGAGUGAGGAUGAACUAAAGCGAUGGAAGAACGCUGUUGAGGACAGUUGCGUCCGCGUGCAAUGGGACCCCGAAAGAGAUGUGCAUGGCAAUCCGCUGGCGUAUAGGAGUUUGCAGGUUGGGCUGAGGGGUGAGGCGGUUGAGAGGUUUGUGAAGGGGUGGAUUGUCGGUAUCAAAGAUGUGACGGGGGUGAUGCACGAUGUUAAAGAGAGAGUUGAGAAGGGGGAUUUGGAGGGUGCAGAGAAGUUGGUGCCGGUUGAGAAGGUUUAUACGCUUCCAGAAGGGGUUGCAAGUGGGCUCGGGAUGGUCUGA